UCUACGACUCACCUUUCAGUUCCACUACCGUCACCUACCCACUCUGCUAGCCUUCUUCUCUCCCACACCCAUGGUCCCUUCACCAACCGCAAUUCAUCAACCUCACCUCGCGAGCCGGUACGCACCUGAGAGAUCUCCACCUCCCGACUCCUCAUGGCCCAGGAACAAGCGAACCCCGACGAGGUCGUGCUCGGGCAGGAGAUCAACGGCGUGAGGGUGGUCACCCUCAACCGCCCGCGCCAGCUGAACGGAAUCUCCGAUAGAGUGGUCUAUAUUCUAGCCCAAUUGUUGGAGAAAUGGGAGAAAGAUGAUGAUGCCAAGCUGGUCAUCUUCAAGGGAGCUGGACGCGCAUUUUCUGCCGGUGGGGACCUAAAGAUGUUCUAUGAAGGGAGAUCAGAUGAUUCCUGCCUCGAGGUUGUGUAUAGGAUGUACUGGCUCUGCUAUCACAUUCAUACAUAUAAGAAAACCACGGUGGCUCUUGUUAAUGGACUUGCGAUGGGUGGAGGGGCAGCCUUGGUUGCUCCUCUGAAAUUUGCAGUUGUCACAGAGAAAACAGUUUUUGCUACUCCCGAGGCAAGUGUUGGACUACACACAGAUUGUAGUUUUUCUUAUAUCCAUUCUCGGCUCCCUGGAUAUUUAGGGGAGUACCUGGCUCUGACUGGUGCUAGACUGAAUGCAAAAGAAAUGAUUGCUGCUGGUCUUGCUACUCAUUUUGUCCUUUCUGAAAAAUUGGAAGAGCUAGAAAGACGACUACUGAAUGUAAACACAGGUGAUGAGUCUGCUAUCCGGGCUGUCAUUGAGGAAUUCUCCACGGAUGUUCAAAUUGAUCAAGAGAGCAUUUUGAACAAGCUUCCGACUAUCGACAAAUGUUUCUCAGCCGAGACUGUUGAGGAGAUCUUGAAAUCACUUGAAUCAGAAGUCAGCAUCGAUGGAAACCAAUGGAUAGCUCCAGUUCUGAAGAGUAUGAGAAGAUCAUCUCCUACUGCAUUGAAGAUCACACUGCGAUCGGUUAGAGAAGGUCGGAAGCAGAGUCUUUCUGAAUGUUUGAAGAAGGAAUUCAGACUAACAAUUAACAUCCUACGAUCUGUCGUUACUGGUGAUGUCUAUGAGGGUAUUAGAGCUCUGAGCAUCGACAAAGAUAAUGCCCCUAAGUGGAGUCCAACCACCAUUGAAGAGGUGAAGAGUGAACACAUUGAACGUGUUUUCAAACAAUUCAGCUCAGAACAUGAGCUCCAAGUCCCAUCUGAUGAUUCAAACAGGUGGAAUGGCAAAUACGAGCAGACGGUCUAUGCAAAAUCUUCACAGUGAUCACCACAUAACACAGCAGCACCCUGACCAUGCACGACAUAAUGGUUUUGGUGCGUGGCAUGCUUGUUUGAUUGUUCGUGUACUACCCGUGUGUAACAUUAUACCGAGCUGUUGAAAACUAUACAAGAAGUAAUAAAGCAACUUAUGUUUUGUUA